AAAUGACCUCCGAGAAGCAGCUACGUAAGUUGUUUUAUUGGAACACUUUUUCUGAAUGUAAUUGUAAUAAAUAGUAGACCGUAUAGUUGUAACUGGCCUGUAAAAAGACAAUUAAAUACUGCCGUAUUGCUCUAAAAAACAAAAUGGUGGACUUUGUUUAACAAAUUAUGUUUAUCAUUUUAGAGGAUUAUUCAUGUAAUUAAAGUAAGAAUCUUUUUUUGGUUUUUAAAUAAACAUUUAUAAAAUGUUGUAUAAAAUGCUUUCUUGACGGAAAAAAUAAUGACAAUAGCCGUUCAACUUGCCAGAGUACAUAAUGUUGACCUGUUGACUGCCAAGAGAUUUGACAGGUGUGAACAUUUCUUGUAAAUAGCCUUGGGCUUUUGUCUUAUACACUCGGCUGUAAUUAUAAAUACUUCCAACUCUUUUGCAAAUAAAUGUUAUUCCAAAUAGAGGAUUUAUGUAUGCAUUACUUUUUACAGGGCUGCCACCCGAUGACUUGAAGUGGGAAAAGAACAAAAGCAAUGCCUGGCCUAAACUGAUGUACGAGGAUCUUGUUGACUAUUUGAUACAUGCAAAAGCAUAUGAUGGAAAGGCCAUGAAAUCCUUUAGGUCGUUGUACGGAUAUAACUAUGUACAAAAUGGUUGGAUGGGUGAUAUGUGGUCCAUUAAAUGUGAGGGUAUGACUUACAUAAAGGCCAAAAUUUCGCCGAGUCAGCCAGGCGUUGGGCGCAAGGACUACAACUCAUGGAUUGCGGUUUCUAGUGAAAAUACUGUUGAGACUGGCCAUUGUUCUUGUCCAGCUGGCAAUGCCCGAUCGUGUAGUCAUAUAUCAGCAAUUAUUUAUGCAAUUACACUGGCGUGGGCGAAUGGUGUAGGUGGGGAAACGUGUACAGACAAACAGCGGGCUUGGGGUAAAGGAGCUGCGCAAGUACUGUCACAUGACACCAUUUCAGAUAUGGUGUUUGACCGACCAAGCCCAUUUCAGCUACAACCAUGUACUGAGAAAACAGCCAACAAGACCAACACGGAUACAGAUUGUCCACCUCGUACUGAACAGUUUCUGGACCAUAGUGACUUACAGGACUUUGUGUCAAAUUCCACAGUGGCAAACAUUUGGGAGUGUAAAGGUACAAUAUUGUACAAAAUGCUACAUGCACCAGAGGUUAAAAGGGACAUAAAUGAAGAAAUCCUGCACCAAGAACAUUGUGAAAAUGCCUCGUAUCCUGUACAAGUUCCUCUGUCAUGUGCCAAAUGCCAAACAUUCUACGAUAAAUAUGUCAACAUUAGUUCAGAAAAAAUUCAAAUGUUAGCCAAAUCCACAGAAAAUCAGAACACCUGUGUCUGGACAGACAGUAGAAAAUUGAGAUUAACCAGCAGCAAAGUGAAUGAUUUGCCAAAGACUAAAAGAGCUAAUCCUAAUAAAUUUGUGACAAAUCAAAUUUAUCCUAGGUUUAAGGGAUGUUUUGCUACACGUCAUGGACAGAAAUACGAACCAGUUGCACGAGCCUGGUAUGAAAGCGUUUCUGGUCACAAGGUUAGAAAAUCUGGGAUUGUUGUUAGUUUAACGGAGCCAUAUAUUGCUGCCAGCCCAGAUGGUAUUAUAGACGAAAGAACAAUUGUGGAAAUAAAAUGUCCAACACGCCCGCUAGAAGACCUCAUAUCAUCAGGAAAAUAUGAUGUUCUACUUGAAGAUGGUCAGCCGAAAUUGAGCCCCAAGGGAAAAAAUGGCUAUUAUUGCCAAGUGCAAGUUGCAAUGUUUUGCACUGAGUCAACUAUGUGCAAGUUUGUUGUGUGGACAGCUGAAAAGCAGUGUGUUGUGGAUGUUCAAUACAGUAAAGACUUUAUAAAGGGCAUUCUUCCUAGAAUCCGUGACUUUUAUUUUAAGCACCUCCUUGUUAGACUAACAGAUGAGUUCCAGGCAAGUCGUCUGAAAAUUUCCCCGGAAUACAAAUCCUUGUGCCGUUAA